AUGGUCGUUUUGACCUUCUCUACUCUUGCAUUGCAUGGUAAAUCAAUGGGUUCGAAAAAAACUCUAACCAAUGAAGGAAGUAAGGUUGGAGGUUUGUUCCCCUCCUCAUCACUUGAGGGAUACGCUGCAAAAGGCCGAGAUCCCAAGUGCAGUAUUAAUGGUAACAACAAUCAUGGUGGCAGCAAAGAUGAAGAUGAUGAUUUUGAUGAUGAGGAGGAGGAGGAAGAGGUGGAGAAUGAUGAAUCUGAAAGUGGAGAAAACUAUGAAGAUCUGGAUGAAGAAGAAAACGAUAACCCUCAGCAUCAAAAUAAAAAUGGGGACAGUUGGUAA